GCCUCUGAGGAGGAGGUGGCUCGGCGGUUGUUGUCGUCGCCCGGCCCCUUGUCCCAGGCCGGGCCUUCUCUCCCGUCCCUCUGUCUCUAACUGCUUGAGGAAAGCGCCGCCACGGUGAGAGGCUGUGAGGCGGGCGGCGAGCGACUGAGGCUGGAAAUGGCGGCCGGGACAAGCUGAAGGACGGCGGGGUGGGGGGCCAGCACCAAGUCGCGUCGCUUUCCGUGUGCUCGUUCCCGGGGGUCGCCAUGAGGCUGCUCCGGGCGCUGCUGAGGAGCGUCUCCCCCGCCACCAUCCCUCAGCAGGUGGAUUUCUACUGCCGCUUCUCCCCGUCCCCCCUUUCCAUGAAACAAUUCCUGGACUUCGGAUCUGACAAUGCUUGUGAGAAAACUUCGUUUAUGUUUCUAAGGCAAGAAUUGCCUGUAAGAUUGGCCAAUAUAAUGAAAGAAAUAAGCCUGCUUCCAGACAAUCUUCUCAAAACACCUUCAGUUCAGCUUGUUCAGAGUUGGUAUGUCCAAAGUCUUCAGGAGAUUCUCGAUUUUAAAGAUAAAAGUGCUGAAGACUCAGAAGCUGUUUCUCGUUUUACAGAUACUGUGAUAACGAUCCGGAAUCGUCACAAUGAUGUCAUUCCUACCAUGGCCCAGGGUGUGAUAGAAUAUAAGGAUAAUUAUGGAGUUGAUCCAGUGACCAGUCAGAAUGUGCAGUAUUUCCUCGAUCGUUUUUUCAUGAGUCGCAUUUCAAUUAGAAUGCUGCUUAAUCAGCACACUUUGUUGUUCGGGGGGAAAGUCAAAGUUAACCCAGCUCAUCCAAAACAUAUUGGAAGCAUUGACCCGAAGUGCAACGUUGUUGAAGUUAUAAAAGAUGGCUAUGAAAAUGCAAAGACACUCUGUGACUUGUAUUACAUGAGCUCUCCAGAGCUUGUACUUGAAGAACAAAAUGUAAAAUCACCAGAGCAGCCCAUGCAGGUGGUGUAUGUACCGUCACAUCUCUACUACAUGGUUUUUGAACUUUUCAAGAAUGCAAUGAGAGCUACCAUGGAACACCAUGCUGAUCGAGGAAUUUACCCUCCGGUUCAUGUCCAUGUCACUUUAGGCAAUGAGGAUUUAACAGUGAAGAUGUGUGAUCGUGGUGGUGGUGUUCCUUUGAGGAAGAUAGAUCGCCUGUUUAAUUAUAUGUAUUCAACUGCACCACGUCCCCGUGUUGAGACAUCGCGAGCGACUCCUCUGGCUGGAUUUGGUUAUGGCUUGCCUAUCUCACGUCUUUACGCUCAGUACUUCCAAGGAGAUCUGAAGCUGUAUUCUUUAGAAGGUUACGGUACAGAUGCUGUUAUCUUCAUCAAGGCUUUAUCAACAGAAUCUGUUGAAAGACUACCAGUGUAUAACAAAUCAGCUUGGAGACAUUACACAGCAAAUCAUGAAGCAGAUGACUGGUGUGUCCCAAGUAGUGAACCAAAGGACAUGACUACAUUCCGCAGUAUAUAGCAGAGUGAAACAGAUUGGGGAAAGCUGAAGAUGCUGUACAAACAGCUUUUGGCAUAAACCAGGUCUCCAGUAGAGUUCUUAUAUUUGGUAUUGGGGAAGAUGCACAUCUGCUAAACAAGAACCAGAAUAAUAUGUUUUUUCUAGAGUAUUAUGCAUAGUGUUUUUGUUUUUUUUUAAAGAAGGUUCUGGUACCCCAGCACUGGCCAAAAUAGGUGCUGGUACAUUGUGCCAGCAUGUACCGGCACAAAAAAAGCCCUGAAUACGCAUAGUCAGGAAGCACUGGAAGGUAAUCCCAAUUCAACACCACAGCCUGACCUGUGAGAUGCUGUUCAGGUGUACCAAGUACUACUUCACCCAGUCUACAAGUUGACCUUUUAUAACAUCUCACUGCAAGAUGCAUCAGUAACUUCUGGCAGAUUGAUCUACACACUCAAGCCAGUUCUAAUUAUUUCAUUAAGAAUUACUUUCAAAGAAGAGUGGGUAAGACUAAAGCAUAACUUAAACUUAUUGUGACAACUAAUUCUAGCAAGUGUUACAUGUACUCGAAUGUAAACAAUUUAAGAAGGCACAGAUCGGAUGAAGAUUUUGUAUACACAGAGGCAAAAAAAAGUUGCUAUGAGCCACAUUAAGUAGAAUUUUGGAGCAGUUGUGUAAUGGCCAAUAUACAACCAAAUAAAUGAAGAAAAGACAAAUACACUUUGGGUCUUGAUUUUAUCCUAGAAGCUUUCAUGGGUUUGGUUUAUGUUGAAGGGGAAAUCCUCCAACUCAACAGCUACGAAACCAGGUAUAAAGGUCCUCCAAGAUGCUGGUUUUUAAAUGCCAAAUUUCUUAGUUUAGUUUGCAGACAAGUUACCCAUGGAGUGUGAACUAGUCCCUCUAGUAGUUCGUUGUCAUAUAGUAAAAUAAGCAAAUGACUAGACUAGCAUUACGUCAACCUGUUACAUGAUGGCACAUAGGCACCUCUCAUGACAACAGAUGUGAAAGGACCAAUUCACCUUUCAUAGAUAACUUGCCUAAUAACUAAAUUAAGAGGGCUUCUGUAUGUAAGAAUGCAAGAGCAGUAUUUUGGUAGGCCUUUUACCAGCUUUCUCAGGCACAGAGUUAAGGGAGCCUCCCUCCCCCAUAAACAAAGCCCCAAAAGUCUGACAUGCAAGACCCAGAAUGGCUUUUUCCCGACAGUAUCACUUAUACCUUCCCGGGACAGGGACAGGCUGCUAGCUGGGCUGCCUCUGACACAGCAACCUCCACAGCCAGCCACCUACUCCUAGCCUGGCCCACAGAGAGGCCAAAGGUAAGUGGAAGUGGGGCAGCCAAGUGGCAGAUAGAGGGGGCUGCUCUGCAUGCCCUUUUUCAGCUUCCACUCCCAGUCACCCUCUGCUGCAUAUCUACCAAGCAGCAGGAGCCUUGGCGCCAAAGGCGCCUGCCGAGUCAGAGCUAAUCAAGUCGUGUCCCCGUGUGCUGAUUCCAGAUGGCUGGUUUGCCAUCUGUUCGUUUCCCUUCCCUGCCCUACUCAUAUAAGGUUGCAAGACAUGCACGCUUAGUAGGAAAUCUUUUCUGGAGACGAGGCAUGUUAGGCACCAUGAAAACCAGUGUGUUGUGUUGUAAAAAAAGAAAAAGUACUGGCACCCGAGCACAAACGGCCCAAGCCCCACCAGCUGAAAGCAGAGCCAGUACAAAAUAAGGUCUGAUCACGCAUAUUUGUUUGUUUCAGCCUUCACCUUAAGUUGCUUCAGGUGGUGCAUCGGGGGUACAAAUUUGAGGUGAAAUAUAUAGACUGGUAAAAGGCUUGUUCGCAUGUUACAAUUUUAAGUACUAAACAUUCUGAUGAAGUAUUCAGGGGACUUAGUCUUAUUAAAAGAUUACCACUAUGUAAACCUUCCUCUGGCACAGUGAUUUCUGUUCAUGUGCUCCAAAAGUGGCGUACAGCAUGGCAGAGAAGACAUAAAAGAUAAUCACAUGCUUUUAUUUUUAAAUAUCCCUUGGAAUUACACUGUUUUGUGAUAGAUACUUUUGUGUUAGAUACCAACCAUAGUUAAACAAGUUUUUUAGUGCAUAUUUUGUUCUUGAUCCAGGUUGAAGUGCUUGAGUCCUAUUCAUUUAAAUUGGGUAAUUAAAAUAUACUUAAAAUCUC